UGGAUUUAUUACACUGAUUCAUGACUACAAAUACUUUGUUGACUCAUAUGUUAUUAGUAACCAGCGUGUUCCGAUUUCCCGCGGUAACUGAGUGCGCCAACUGACAUUCCAUUCACAGAAAUAUCUUUGCACUGUAGAAAAAUAACUAAACUUCGGAUAAAUAGCGUUUUUAUUUGAUGAUGAUGGGGAAAUCUGUAGUUGAUAUUGGGCAAGUACUGGUUGAGGUGCUGAAACAGGCCGUGUCUCAAGGGAGGAUCACACUUGGAGGGUUCGAAUGUGCGGAAGUACUGGAGACUUGUCCAGAACAAGUGAUGCUGUGUAUUCUGCCGAAGGUAUCCGAUUCAGACACUAUGAUUAACAUUCAACAUAAACUGAUUGAGGCACACUGCUGGGAGAACGACGUCAAUGUUGUAAAGGUCGACAGCGCUGAAAAGUUGGUGUCACUUCUAACAACGCCGGAUGAGAAUUCAAACAUAGACCGUACACGGGAUUUUAGCAGCAUCUUAAUAGGCUUCCCAGUAGAUGAAAUGAGUUCGGACGAUUACCAGAUGACAAAGUAUUCGUAUUUAUUCCAAGAUAGCCAGAUUGAUGUCAUUCCGUUACCUGAUUGAGAAAACUGGACACAAAAAUACAUAACUGUUAAUAUAAAAUUGGACAGCACACGUCCAUGAAUGAUUGCGUCCAGAACUUUACGGAACACCUCGUCAUUCUGAAUAUCUACACCAUUUGAUGUGACUCAUCGCCUAUAGAGUGUGUAUCAUAAUGACAUAGAGUUCGAUGAUAACGUCAAUUUCAAGUCCUCCCUGGUCACAGACGAUCUUAUUAGUACUUAAUAUUUCCAUCAAUUAGCGGACUCUGUUUAAAUGUGUCAUCAUUGACCUGCUAGGAAACUGUGUCAAAUAGUUUUAUUUCCAUCAGUUAGUGGAUUCAGGAUUGAUGUACAAGUUUUGAAGUCAUCUGAUUUGCUUAUUUCUUCUGUUAUUGAUCAGGCAUACAAAUGCUGCGAAAUGAUAUGCAUCUCCAUUAAGUCUGAACAUUGGGUAUUUAAAUUGAAAUUGAAGGCCAAAGAUUUUUAUACAUGUAUAAAAAAUAAGAGGUUGGACAAAAAAUGGUUUCAGUGAAUUGAACAAUUUAAUUCUUCAUAUAUGAACAUCUUGAAACCUGUCCACAUGAUCAAAUCGAAUGUAUUUAUUUAUGUUAUCUCAGUGUAUAUACCAUAUUUAUGUGCUGGCCACAUAAUAUAUUUAUGCUUUGUUAAGUUAUAAUAGUUACACGUUAUGCUAUGUUAUGUUUUGUUUUAUUGAUAAUGUAGUGUGAAAAGGAAAUAUAUGAGCCACGCCAUGAGAAAACAACAUAGUGGCUUUGCGACCAGCAUGGAUCUAGACCAGCCUGCGCAUCCGCGCAGGCUGGUCUAGAUCCAUGCUGGUCGCAAAGCCACUAUGUUGGUUUUCUCAUGACACGGCUCAUAUAUCUGUUGCUUCUUAAUUUUGAUCUUCUCAGCUGCUGAUUUUUUUCCCACUCAACUGGAAGAGGGGAUUUAUUGUAAUGCUCAUGUUGAUGUGUCUGUCUGUCUGCCUGUGUGCGGACAUUCGUAGGAUGUCUGCUUAUGGUCAGUACAGUACCUUAUUGUUUUAGAGGGUCACAAUUACAAUAUACCAGAGACUGAAAAUUGCCCACCCAGUUAGAGCUGACAUGCCAUCCUUGUGGUGGGUUGGUAUAUGUGUUUUUCAAACAGCUUUCAUUUAUUUUUUUUUUUUUGAAGUGUUAAAUUAUUUAUUUAUUUAUUGUGUUAACAAAAUCUUGCCUAGCCAAAGUAAAGAUCUUGUCAGCGUCCGAAUGUAUGGACAUGAAACGUGUCUCAAAACUGUACGGAUAUGAGGACCUUGUACUUAUUUUGGUACAAUACAUCAUUAAGCUACUUUUCAUAGUUUGCUGAAAAAGUAAAAUAUGUUUAUUUACACGUAGUUCAAUUUUAAACCAUGCGUCAGUGAUAAGAAAAUAAUGCUUGAAAUAUGUAUUUGAAAAAAAAACAUGCAUAUAGGGUCUUAGAAAUUUACUUCUUUCAAGAUGUUUAUUUUAUAUUGUACAAAGAAUUAAUUAUUUAGGUAACUUGCUCAGACAUGUCAGUCAUCUCCACAAAAAGGUUCACCUGGCUAUUUUUAAUGCAAACUUCCAUUUUUCUUUUCAUUCUUGUACAUAGAUGCUUAGAAUUUUUGUUUUGUUUAAUGUUAAUUAGAUAUGAAUUGAGUGUCAGAAAACAAGUAAAUAUAUAUGCCAAUAUUCCCUGUAAACGUCAUUUCUCUACUCAAAACUUCAUUUUGCAAGAUGGUUCUUUCUAACGUGACAACACUUGCAUUGAUAAAGAUCUAAUUUCUGUCGUUUUCUGCACGUGAAUAUCGUUCGUUUUUCUCGGUUAUAAUUUGAGUAUUUUUUACUUUUACAUUUUUUUGCUGGGCAAAAUCUUAACAUGUGACGAUGUAAUAUGAUUAUGAAGGUGACCUUUGUAAAUUUAUUUUAUAAAUAAAAAAAAAUCAGAAAUUAGUGAAAUAUUAAUGCGUAAAUUAUGUUAUGUUAUCAAAUGACAUAUUUAUUCACGUUUGCGUGACUUUGUAACUGUUGAGUUGCAUAAAUGUAUAGAUUGUUAUGAAUCCACAAAGCAAUAAAAUGAAUGAUGCUAUA